AUGGCGUUGGACAUAGCAAAAAUGUGUAGAAUUUGUCUCGAAUCAGAUAAAAUUAGUUUUGAUAUGUACACUAGUUUUUAUGAGAAACGGAAUAUUGUAUACAGUGAUAUGCUAGCGAAAUGUACUCAAAUUAAGCCGCAAAUAGAUGAUGGAUUGCCCCAUUUGAUUUGCAAUGAUUGUAGUCGGCAGCUAAAACGGGCGUACACGUUUAAUUUACAAUGUGAUGAAAGCGACAAAAGGUUAAAGUUCAUGCUAGCAAAGGCUGAAAUCAAGGAAAAUGGUCUUUCUAAUGGUCUAUUCCAAGAUGAACUGGAAUUCGGGGAUAUGAAAUGCGAAAAUGGUCUCGGGGCGAACGUGGAACUACUGACGCUAGAUGAAACCACUGGAGACAUUAAAAAUAUUAAAUUGGAACCAUUACUAAAUAACGAUGACAAUGAUAGCACUUGGGAUGCUGAUGAUGAUAAUAUACUGUUAGAAGAAAUUAAAAUUAAAAAAGCAGAACUUGAAAAUAUAGAAUUAAAACCUAAGAAGAAAAGAGGCAGAAAAAAAAGAGUGUACCUGGAGGGUGAAGUUCGGCCUCUACCAGAAAGCAAGCUGCCGCACCAAUGUGACAUUUGUGGCAAAGUACUAAGCACUAAGAGUAAUCUCAAGGCACAUAAACUUUGUCAUACUGAUCUCAGACCAUUCUUGUGUUCUGAUUGUCCUGCUACAUUUAGAGGGCACAGUGCUCUGUUCCAACAUAAGAAAAUACACACUGGUGAGACUCCCUACCAUUGCGACUUUUGUCCCAAACAGUUUAGCAGACGUACUGGGCUGGUCAACCACAUACGGAUGCAUAAAGGGGAGAAGUUGUACAGUUGUGAUAUAUGUUUCAAGACGUUCGUGCAGAGCGCCCAGCUCUCCAUACAUAUGAAGAGACAUAAAGGUGACAAGCCAUACUUGUGCCAAGUCUGUGGGAAAGGAUUCCCCAUCAAAGCGGAGCUGAAGGUCCACCAAAGGAUUCACAACGGUGAGAAGCCGUACUCCUGUCACCUAUGCACCAAGACCUUCGCAACUUCAGGCAACUUAUCCAUACAUGUCAGGAUACAUAAUAAAGAAGUUAGGUACAAUUGCAAAGAAUGUCAACGAGGUUUCGUAACAUGCAGCGCUUACAACGUCCAUCUAAAAAGGCAUAAAGGUCAAAGAGACUACCACUGUGAAUGUGGUAAGACAUUCUACACAUCAUCAGCUUUAAAACAACAUAAAGUGGUACACACAGGCGAAAAGAAAUACCAAUGUAAAAUAUGCGACAGAAAAUUCACCCAAACUAGUCAUUUGAGCCGCCACUUUAAAAGAGAUCACGCUAAACCGAACGCUCCCGUGCCUUCGUCUGACCAUUACAAGUUAAUUGUGCAAGAAAAUAAAGAUGUUCUUAAUAUAUUAGAUACUGCUAUACAGAAAAUUGAUCAAACUAUGGGCGGGGCUGUGAAAUGUGAAGGGACGUAG